AUGUCCAACACCGACUUUCUUGGCCGCGCGAUUGAUAUGGUGAAGAAAGCCAUCGAGCAGGAUACCGCUGGCGAGUAUGAGAAAGCCUAUCAGCAGUACUAUUCGGCGCUCGAACUGUUCAUGCUCGCGCUCAAAUGGGAGAAGAACCAGAAGUCGAAAGACAUGAUUCGGACGAAAGCGGCAGAGUACAUGGAGCGUGCCGAGAAGCUCAAGAACCACUUGGCAGAACAGGAUAAGAGCAAUAAGCGAAAACCGGCGGCGAUGGGCAGUAAUGGAAAAGUAUCGAACGGUAGUGGGAAGGCUGGAGAAGGGGAAGACGGAGACGAAGACCCAGAGAGCAAGAAGUUGAGGGGUGCGCUUGCGGGAGCAAUAUUGACGGAUAAGCCCAACAUCAAGUGGGAGGAUGUGGCGGGCUUGGAGGGCGCGAAGGAGGCUCUCAAAGAAGCCGUGAUUCUGCCGAUCAAGUUUCCGCAUCUGUUCACCGGGAAGCGACAGCCGUGGAAGGGCAUUCUGCUGUAUGGCCCGCCUGGUACCGGUAAGAGUUAUCUUGCAAAGGCAGUAGCAACGGAAGCAAACAGCACGUUCUUCUCUGUCAGCAGUUCCGAUUUGGUGAGCAAGUGGAUGGGUGAGAGUGAGCGGCUGGUGAAGCAACUGUUCAACAUGGCACGAGAGAACAAGCCGAGCAUCAUCUUCAUCGAUGAGAUUGACGCUCUGUGUGGACCGAGAGGCGAAGGCGAGUCGGAAGCUUCGCGACGUAUCAAGACUGAGUUGCUCGUGCAGAUGGACGGUGUGGGCAGAGACAGCAGAGGCGUGCUUAUUCUGGGUGCAACAAACAUUCCGUGGCAGCUUGACGCAGCUAUUCGACGGCGCUUCCAACGGAGAGUACACAUCUCGCUACCCGACCAGCCGGCACGGAUGCGGAUGUUCGAACUCGCGGUUGGCUCUACGCCUUGCGAGCUGAAACCCGACGAUUUUCGGACACUUGCCAAGCUUUCCGAAGGUUAUUCGGGAAGUGACAUCAGUAUAGCAGUGCAAGACGCGCUCAUGCAGCCGGUACGGAAGAUCCAGACUGCAACACACUACAAGAAGGUUACGGUUGACGGCCAGGAGAAGCUGACGCCUUGCUCGCCUGGCGAUGAAGGCGCGAUAGAGAUGAGCUGGACGCAAAUCGAGACUGAUCAGCUACUGGAGCCGCCUUUGCAAGUUAAAGACUUUAUUAAAGCCAUCAAAGGCUCGCGGCCAACCGUCAGCGGAGAAGACCUCAAACGCAACGAGGAGUGGACGAAAGAGUUCGGCAGUGAAGGGGCGUAA